GUCAAAAGUCAUAGUAUGUGCUAUCCUGUCUGUAGGUGAGGUACAUAUAAAAUAUUUCCUUGGGCACAGAUAAUUGAUAUUAAGAGAAGAAUAUGUGGGAGAAGUGGGUUUUGUUCCUCAUUAUUACUUACUUUAUGUUACUGAUUAAAGAUUAUGCUGGGGAGUCAUUAAUUUCUUUUUAUUUAAUUUUUUUUUUUUUUAAAUUAUAUCUUGUGUAUUUUCAGGAUGCAAUGCCAUUCCCUACAAUUUCUGGUUCACAACCCGAGAUGCAGCCUCUGUUCUCAAUCGAACAAGCUGAGCUGAUUCGACGUCUUCGAAACAGUGGAAUCACCAAAGAACAGGUCGUCCAGGCUUUUGAAUCGUUCGAGAGAAUCGAUGAAGACUUGGGGAUGUUGUAUACCAUCCCGAAAUCUUUGGCUCAGGUCUGUACCUCUCCCUCCUUGUACACGUGUCAAACUACAACAGCUUCCAGCUCCACAGUGGAGCGAGCAUUACACAGUGAACAUGGCCGUAAACGUCGCCAUAGCAACAGCACAGAAGUGAGUGACUCUGUGACAUCUGAAGAAGGAAAUGAUGUCAUAGCAGCAAAUUGUGUCAGCAGAAGGAACAGCAUUGCUGGGGUUGAUGGAGAUGUGAAUAAUGAUGCUGAAGACUUUGAGUAUAUUAGACAAAACAAGAGAUUAAGAGAUGAGAUGCUGAAUGAUGCAACGAAAUCAGGCACAACCCUUUUUAACACCUUUCGUGGAAACCACAGCAAGCUGCCAGAGAAACUACAACAGCAGAUGUACAUUUGGUAUUUAAAACAGCAGGGGAUGUCGUCCGAUUUCUUCCACCUACAGAGCACCGAGUCGAGAAAAGACCAGGAUGAGCCAAUCGACAUGUGUUCUGUACAGCUGAGCGAGAGCCAAAACUGUCGAACAGAAUCUCAGUUUUCAUACGGCCCAGCCAGCAGUCGCCUGCAUCAGCUUGGCUCAGCCAGUCAGGUCACGCACUCCAUGCUGUCACCUGGUGUUUCUACGGAUACUACUGAACAUCCACGAGAUGUCGCUGCAGAUGAGCAGAAACAGGCGUUCAUGCGGGAGAACCCAAUGUUAAUCAAGCCGGAUGACUACAUCAUGGAAAUGCAGUAUGCACCUCGCAGAGAACGCUUCACUUUCCGUGAAAAACACCUAGAAAUUCUUGAAGCCUACUUCAAAAUCAACCAGUAUCCAAUAAAUGAUGAGCGUGAAAUGAUUGCAAACAAGUGCAACACUGCUAUGACUAUAUCAACUGGUCGUGAACUAGAUGAAAAGGAAAGAGUGACCAAUCAAAAUGUACAGAACUGGUUCAAUAAUCGACGGAAAGAAAUCAAGAAACUCGCAAGAGCAGAAGGGAUAAAUUGUUCUGAAGUUUCUCUGCCUAGUCGCCUGAAGCCACGAUUGGAUUUUGCUGAACAUUUUAACGCUAUUGGUCAUCCAUGGUCAUUUGAGGAUAAAUUUGAAAAAGAAACAAAUUUCUCUUCUUGUGGUGUGACAAACACACAGAACAUAAAAUCUGAACCUUGUUUAUCGCCAAAUGACUUAAACAAACCACAAAACAGGACAGUUACAUCCCCCGUUUCUUCCAACCAGAAAUCUGCCAAUAGACAGUCAGAUUCUGUUAAUUUCAGCCAAUCAGAGGCAGGUUCUGUUAGCCAAUCACAGACAAAUCCUCCUACAGUUAACCAUUCACCACAGACUUCAGCAAUGCUCAGGGAAACAGAACACAAAAUAAAGCAAGAAAUAUUUGAAAACAAGUAAAAUAAUGCUGAAACAUCCACAUGAUGUGAUUUUAAAAGAAAAUGUUUUCAAACGGGACAAAACCUAUCGCAUUUAACCAGAAAUGUUGGUACAGUGAUACUUAUUAACCAUUAGAGACAGUAUUGGAUUGUACCUAAAACUGGACAGCUGUUGCUUUAAAAGGCAACUGUAUUACCAUUCUCAGGGCAGAAAAACCUAGCAUUAACAAUAAAUUAAACACAAAUUAAAAAAAAUAUAUUAAUAGA